AUGUUUGGAUUCAAGGUAAAGAAGAAGAAGAAGAAAGUCAACAAAGGUCUAGUCAUUACAAACAAAGGUGCCCUGGAUGGUGAUGAAGCAGAGACAAAUCUUGGGGAGUCUGCUGUGCUGGAAAUACCUAAUCCUGAGGAAGAAACCCGGCCUGAUCUCUUAGAGUAUUUUCAAGUUAAAGAGGUGCUCAACACCAAAAGGUCCAAACAGGUUGCCAAAAUUUUGGAGGGUGAGAGUAAACCACAGGCUUUCCAGAUUGCCAUAAACAUCACAGAAGCUCGACAGCUGGCUGGGGAGAAUAUAGACCCGAGUGUGGUGAUUGAAAUAGGAGAUGAGAAGAAACAAACCACAGUCAAAGAGGGGACCAAUGCACCCUUUUACAAUGAGUAUUUUGUGUUUGAUUUUUUUGGGCCUCAAGAAACCUUUUUUGACAAAGUAAUCAAGCUAUCAGUGAUGCACUCAAAGAUCAUGAAAAGCUAUUGCAUUGGCAACUUUAAACUGGAUGCUGGAACUGUGUACAGUCAACCAGGGCAUCAGUUCAUCAAUAAGUGGGCAACACUUAUGGACCCUGCAGACAUUAGCAAAGGAGUGAGAGGUUAUCUGAAAUGUGACAUCAGCAUAGCAGGGAAGGGUGAUGUCACCCAUCCUUCACAGAAGUUCAGUGAUGCUGAAGAACAGAUUGAGAAAAACCUGUUGCUGCCUGAAGGUUUGCCGUCUGAGCGUCCCUGGGCCUCCUUUUACGUGAAGGUGUAUCGAGCUGAGGGUUUGCCCCGAAUGAACUCCAGUAUCAUGGCCAAUGUGACCAAGGCCUUCGUCGGAGAUAACACUGCCCUUAUAGACCCAUAUGUGGUGGUGUCCUUCUUUAGCCAAAUGGGCAGGACAUCGACCCAGAAGAGCACGGCAGACCCGGUGUGGAAUGAACAAAUCGUGUUUAAGGAAAUGUUUCCUCCACUUUGCCAAAGGUUAAAGAUUCAGGUGCUGGAUGAGGGCAGCAUGAAUGAUGUGGCCAUUGGCACUCAUUACAUCGACCUGCGCAAGAUCUCCAACGACCAGGAUGGAGACAACGGUUUUCUCCCAACUUUCGGACCGGCCUGGGUCAACAUCUAUGGCUCAGCCCGAAAUUCAGCACUAGUGGAUGACAAUCAGGAGUUGAAUGAAGGUGUGGGAGAGGGCGUCGCCUACAGAGGACGGAUCUACAUCGAGCUGGUGGUGGAGAUUCUGUCAGGACCAGGGGCUGACUCCUCUCGUCCAGCCAAGGACACCAAGGGUCCCAAGGGGGGGAAAGCACCAGGGCCAGGGGGAGCUGGUGGAGCACAAGGUGGAGAGGAGGAGAAAGGAAAGGUUGUUGGGGCAGAGGUGAUGCCUGUGGACUCCCCACCAGAGGCCAGUGAACAUCAAAAGGAGAGCUUUGUACUUUUUGCCACAGUGUUUGAGGCGAACAUGAUUGACAGGAAGAUUGGUGACAAACCCAUCAACUUCGAGUUCACAAUUGGAAAUUACGGAAACUUUAUUGAUGGUAGUCUUCCCGCCAAGGGGAAGAGAGUGGAGAGGGCGUAUGAUCCUCAAGGUGGAGACAUCCACAUGUCAACACCUCUUUUGGAAUCUCAAGACAUUACAGCCUGCAAGUCGACAACACCACCUGAGAAACCCCUUAUCGUAGAUGGAAACAGGAACUUCCUCUACUUGCCCAUAUGGAGAAAGAAGCCUUGCGUUACUGUUAUAAGUCGAUGGGAAAAUCGGACCUAUCGUCUUCACCACUCCAACAUGCUGGAUACCAUCGCCCGAACGUUUGAAUGGGGUGUGGCCAAAGUGGCAGAGUUGAAUAAACUUUUAGAUCCCAAGGCGGAGCUUCUGAUGAGAGCUGUGUUCCGGGAGUUUUGUAGAAACUCAAGGGAUUUUAUAGCUUUUGCUGAGAAAAGGGUGAAAGUAAACCAUCUAACCAAACUGGACGUGAAACGUCUGACUCUGUGCACACAGGAGUUGGACAGUAUGAUUGGUGUGGUAGACACUGUAACUCAACACAGGAGGAAACCAAUGACUGUUAAAGGAAUGCUCCAGGAGGCCAAGAAACUCUCCAAAAGGUUGAGAUUCCUUGUCGAGGAGCCUCAACACACCAUUCCAGAUGUGUUCAUCUGGAUGCUCAGUAAUGGCAAACGACUGGCAUACGCUCGCAUCCCCGCGCGACAACUCCUGUUCUCAGACAGCCCGGAGAAGAUGGGCAGAGACUGUGGAAAGAUCAAAACGCUUUUCCUCAAGCCCCCUGGAAAGCGUGUAACCAACUGGUUAGUGCAGGCCAAAUUAGAUGUGUACCUGUGGCUUGGAACUAGCAUGGAAUCCUCCCACAUGCUGGACAACCUACCGUCUGGAUUUGAAUUGUGUUCAUCCGCUGAAGUGCAAAGCCCUUUUCCUGAUUCCUUGAUUUACAGAGAGCGACACCAGUUCCAACUGCGGGCUCAUAUGUACCAGGCCCGUGGUCUGAUUGCGGCCGACUCCUCAGGGCUUUCAGACCCAUUUGCCAGGGUGUCCUUCCUGUCCAACAGCCAGAACACAUCGAUUAUUAACCAGACGCUGACUCCGACCUGGAACCAGACUCUGUUGGUGAAUGAGGUGACUCUACAUGGAGAUGUGAAAGAGCAUGCCCUCGAGCCCCCGUGCAUCAUUAUUGAAGUCUAUGACGAUGACGCUCUGGGCAAGGCAGAGUACCUGGGCUCGACGGUGACCAUGCCGACAGUCAGACUGGCAGAUGAGCCUUAUAUACCUCCACAGCUGCAGUACAGCCCAAUCUACUGUGGCAGCCAAUCAGGAGGAGACCUCCUUGGUGCUUUUGAGCUCAUUCAGAUCCCAGAGGAUGGAGAGGGAUCUCUUCCUGAAUUAGAAGAACCAAAAGGAGUGAUCCACCCCGUACCCUCAUACAUCAGACCUGUCCUCCGAAAAUACAGAGUGGAGGUACUGUUCUGGGGUCUUCGGGAGCUGAAGAAAGUGCAGCUGUUAUCGGUGGACAGACCUCAGGCAUUUAUUGAGUGUGCUGGAAAUGGCAUCACCUCUUCCGUCAUACAGAGCUACAAAAGAAACCCGAAUUUCUCUGUGCUCGUGGAUGCUUUUGAAGUGGAACUUCCACAGGACGAACACCUACACCCCCCUCUCUCCAUCACUGUGGUGGACUGGCGUGCAUUUGGUCGCAGCACGCUUGUGGGCACCCAUGUCAUCAACAACCUAGUCCCAUUUAAAUACACACCUCCCCCUGUCACUAUACCCAGAGCAGAUAAACCCUCUACCUCACAAGCUACGGUUGUGCCAUCCAUAGAGAGUGCUGAUCCUGUUUACAUCAACAUAGAACAGGAAGAACCUCUUAGACUGCCCACCACUACAACAGAAGAGCAAGUGAACAAGGACAAAUCGAAAAGGAGCAUCCGAAGGUCCACUAAAAGGAGGAGGCGCACCAUAGCGGACGAAUCAGCUGAGAACGUCAUUGACUGGUGGUCGAAGUACUACGCCUCUGUGCAGAAGGCCCAGACGUCAAAGCAAAAGGAGGUCUGUAUGUUUCCAGACAUUUUUGAGGCUGUGUCUCCGCUUCAGAAUGUGCUCUCAGAUGGAGUACAGAGUUUGGCCACUGGGAUGCAGGGUCACUUUGGCGACAGAAGGAAAACUCAGAAGAAAGUCCAAAAUGCACUGGACGUACCCAGACUGGCAACCUUACAGAUCUAUGAUAAGGAGCUAGAGGCUGAGUUGGGUCCUUUUGAUGACUGCCUGAAAACCUUUGAGCUGUACCGUGGCAAAGCCAACGAGGACGAGGGCUCCAGCGACGAUAGGUUUGUCGGGAAGUUUAAGGGCCAGUUCUGUCUGUACAAAAUUGAAGAUGAUAAUGGGGAAGUGGUUGAGGACUCAGGGCAGUAUAUAAUCAGCCAGGGGAUUCCCCAAAACACCGCUGUGGAUGUUCUGAUCCGUGUAUACAUUGUCUCUGCAUCAAACCUUCAUCCUGCCGACCCAGACGGGAAAGCAGAUCCCUACAUUGUUCUAAGGCUCGGGAAAACUGAAAUCAAAGACAGAGACAACUACAUCCCCAAACAGCUGAACCCUGUUUUUGGCAGAUCCUUUGAGAUCCAGGCCUCGUUUCCCAAGGAGUCUCUGCUGACUGUUCUGAUCUACGACUACGAUAUGGUGGGCGGCGAUGAUUUGAUUGGAGAGACACGGAUCGAUUUGGAGGAUCGUUUUUACAGUCGCCAUCGCCCCACCUGUGGCCUGCCCACCGAAUACGCCACUGAAGGAUACAACGCCUGGAGAGAUGCCCUGAAACCCACUGAGCUCCUGACCAAACUCUGCAAGGACAACAACCUGGACAGCCCACGCUACACACCAGGGAAAAUUACUAUAGGAGACAAAGUCUUCACCGGGAAAACUGUAUUUGUGGAUGAGGAGCAAGUGAUAGAGACUCACGAACACCUGGCCCUGAAGGUGCUCCACCGGUGGGCAGACAUGCCUGGGGUGGGCUGCAAGCUGGUCCCUGAACACAUUGAGACCCGCACUCUCUACGUGAAAGAAAAACCCGGGAUGGACCAGGGUCAGCUGCAAAUGUGGGUGGACAUGUUUCCCAUGGACAUGCCUCCUCCGGGGCCCUCAGUGGACAUCUCACCCCGCAAACCCAAAGGGUAUGAACUGAGAAUCGUCAUCUGGAACACGGCGGAUGUCAUACUAGAGGACACUAACUUCAUCACAGGCCAGCAGUCUAGUGACAUCUAUGUUAAAGGGUGGUUGAAGGGUCUUGAGGAUGAUGGUCAAGAAACAGAUGUUCAUUAUAACUCUUUAACUGGAGAGGGUAACUUCAACUGGCGUUUAGUGUUCCCAUUCAAUUACCUACCCGCUGAGAAAGUGGUGGUUAUUAGCAAACGAGAAAACAUAUUCUCAUUGGACAAGACAGAGCAGAAACUUCCUGCUGUGUUAGUGAUGCAAGUCUGGGAUUUUGAAAGACUGUCAUCUGAUGACUUCUUGGGCUCAGUGGAGUUGGACCUACACAGGUUUCCAAAGGGUGCCAAAACAGCCAAAGCCUGUAAGCUGGAGAUGUUCAAUGACUUCAGCGAAAACAUGUCAAUCUUCCAGCAAAAACGAGCCAAAGGCUGGUGGCCAUUUACCAAGGGCGGAGAACUAACAGGGAAGGUUGAAGCAGAGUUUCACCUUGUGACCGCAGAGGAGGCAGAGAAGAACCCAGUAGGCCGUGCCCGCAAGGAACCAGAGCCACUCGAAAAGCCCAAUCGUCCCAACACCUCCUUCUCCUGGUUUACAAACCCCCUUAAGUGCUUUAUACACCUCAUCUGGAAAAACUACAAGAAAUACAUUAUAAUUGCCCUGCUAGUGUUGAUAUUGGCCCUGUUUAUUGCCCUGCUCUUCUACACCUUGCCUGGGGCGAUUACACAGAGAAUUGUCAACGGCUGA